GCGUUCUUCAACGUUCGUCCAAGAUCGCACGUAAUAUAUAAACAAACGAUCGAGCUGGCACGCGUCCGGACGAGCAAGAGACGACAGUUGUUCACGCUUUCUUGUAGCGAUCACGUAAAAUCAAACUCACGUGGAAACGAAGAAAUGACGAGUAAUUUAUCCAAAACCGAAAUAGCUCAUACAACGCGAAACAAGGUUUCCGUUGAGAGAAAGAUCUCGUCAAAAGAAAUUUUAUUACCGAGUGGGAAAGAAAAUGAGUGCCCUUCUGCGAAGAACGCGACGAUCGGUGGUAGAAAAAUGAUUUUCACGGGUGAUACAAUAUGUCGAACGCAACGUAUCUCCUCAAGUUCGAACCGAGGGAUUGACCAGUCGAAAGAGAGAUGUUUGAACGUUACUCAGCCCCUCAGUUCGAACAACGAGUUAAAAAAAGAAGUCUCGAACGAACGCAGUCGAACGAAUCGUUCUCUUUGGAAUGUAUCCGGUAAAAAGAUGCCAUUUCACGUUCAUUGCGACGAUGCAAAUAAAAUUUCGCAUGUAUGCGAUUCUCAAGCAGAAACGCAUCGUAUUUCCAAUAUGACAUCGGUCGAUUCAAUAGAGUCGCAUUUUAAAAGAGGAGAAAAUCUGAAACAGACGGAAUCGAGAAAAAUAAUGCAAAAACGAUCCCCACCCGAAUGUCGAGAUAUGAUCGAAUUUCCUCGGUCUAAGAUACCUUGCCGAGUAAAAUCGAGUUCCGUACGAUCGCUGCAAACAAGUACACGAAUCAUUCCGAGACGCUCGAUAUCGAUUGAGACUGCGACUAGUUCGCAUGCGCAACGUUUCAACUUCGACUUGACAGAGAAAAGCUUAAUCGCAUCGAGAAAUAUAUGGAAAUCAUUCGAAAGCGGAGCUUCACAAAUUGAAAACAAGAUCAAGGAUAAAAGUAACGAAGAAAAAGGUGAGAAAAAUGCAACGAAGAAUUUCUCUAGAGAAAGAAGUACAUUGUCUGAAAGAGUGGCAACACCUAUUGAUGAGGUACCCUCAUUUCCAGCACCAUCGACACCUCUCAGGAUGAUAAAUCGACAAACCAAUUUGAAAAAACUUGAGUUCAACGAGAUCAUUCCAUCCGAACGGAAUUCUUCUUUCUGCGAUUUGGUGUUCUACAUGGAGUAUCUCGAUGAUGUACCGAUGAUCGAGCGUGAAAGGGAAGAGAGAUCUCCACGAUUGUCGGCUAAUUUUUUAACGAAACAUAUUAAUCCCGAGCAGAGGAGAUUAGUCGUCGCGUUUAUGAUACGCGUUGGAAAUCAUUGUCGAUUCCCGUCGUACAUCGUGUAUCAGUCGGUGAAGUUGUUCGACGCCGUUAUGGACAAACUUUCGGUGAAGACGAUGUUCUUCCAAUUAACGGCAUUGGCUAGUCUGUGGAUCGCGCUCAAGAAACAAGAAAAUUAUUACAAAAUUCCAACGGCUAACACAAUAGUGAGCCUUGCCCAGGAUCUCUACACAGGAAGAGAGAAUUUGCUGAUGGUGUACGAGAGAAAGAUCUUGCAUAUUCUCGAUUUCAACAUCACAUUUGCCGAUGCAUUUUCUCUGUUCUCUCAUCAUUUGUUAAGUUGCAUACGUUACAUCGAUAUAUCCAAUGAGAUGAUUGUAUUUUUAUAUCAUUGUGGCUGUUAUCUGAUCGACAUCACGUUGAUAGAUGAACAUUUUUGUCGAAUACCGGCAAGAUUGAUUAGCUUAACUAUAAUAGAGCUGGUGCUUGGUCUCAUAGAUAACACGCCUCGAUGGUUGUUCUGGAGAGGUUUGCUCUUUGCUAUUAUUCCACGUUCACCGGACGAUAAGUUUCAAGAUAAGGAGAUCGAUGAAACGCGUGUUUUGAUAUUGCGACGUGUGUUACAUUCUGGGCAAAAAGUCCAUGGCUUCGAUAUGGUGUACAAAAAAUACAAUCGCAGUAGAUACGGUCGCAUAUCGCAAUUUUUCUUGGAGCUGGUUACCAAGCUGUCUUCUACAGAGAUAUAUUUCGAUCCGUAAAUCGAUUUUAUUACUAUCGUUUGCAAUUUUUAUUUAUUUUUAUUGCUAUAUAUUAUAAGUCAAAAGAAAGUGAGCGAGUGUAUGAAUGUGCGAGAGAUAAUAAUAAGAUAGAUCGUUGAAAUAAAAAUAUCGAUAGUGUCU